AUGAGUCGUAAUAGAAUCGAACUGUUGCAGAAUCUGCAUUUCGUUGACAAAGAAACUGCAGAUACCACCGAUAGAAUCUAUAAAAUACUCAGUCUGAUUGAUACGUUAAAUAACUCAUUUCGACGGUACUAUUCGCCUAAAGAAGAAGUUUGUGUCAACGAAAGUCAAGUGCCUUACCGCGGGCGAUUGAUCUUUAGGCAAUAUAAUAAGAGCAAACGGCACAAAUAUGGUAUGAAGCUGUUCAAACUGUGCACAAUACCAGGUUAUACUUGUAAAUUAGAACUUUACGCUGGUAAAAACCACGAACAGCUGAAUACAACGCCUAAAAACGUUGUAAUGUCACUGUGUAAAGAAAUACUUGAUUUGGGGCACACCGUAGCUACGGAUAAUUGGUAUACGAGUUUGGAUUUAGCCAAUAAACUUCUAGAUAGGUAUACUCAUUUAGUAGGCACACUGAGAAAAAAUAGAAAGAGCCUGCCCAAACAAGUUAUUGAUGCAAAACUCAAACCAGGCGAAUCUGUAGCAAUGGAAAACGAACCCGGUAUAACAGUGUUGCACUGGAAGGAUAAACGAAGUGUAUUCAUGCUCUCCACUAAACACUCUAAAGGAUUUCCUAGUGUACAUAAAAAGGAAAUGUGA